UACACGGUACGCAACGGUAUGUACAGAUAGUUUCGACGAUUGUGCCGGUCAUCGUUAGUUAAUACAUAAACAUGGCAGUCGCUUCAGCGUCUAAAGAUGUUAAUACAUUUUUAAAUCAAAGACAAAAUGUCACAGAUAAAGAAUUAGCCGCUGAUUGGGCUCAAUUAGAAGAGCUUUAUAAUAAAAAGCUUUGGCACCAGCUUACUUUAAAAUUAGAGACUUUUGUCAAGCAUCCAGCACUCCACAAAGGCGACAGUCUUGUACAAUUGUAUAAAAAUUUCUUAUCAACAUUCGAAAAUAAAAUAAAUGCUUUAUCUUUUGUGGAGAUAUUAGCCCAUGUUAUUGAACAAUUUACAAAUAAAGAAGAAGCUGUUGAAUUUUUAGAAAAAACUGAGCCUAAAGUAACCAAUAAUAAUGAAGCAAUUGCAUUAUGUAAAGUAUUACAAGGACAAAUUCUUUUGGAUAAACUUCAUGAUGAAGAUAGAACUAAAAAAAUAAUCGAUGAUGUUGAGACAAUGCUUGAUAACGCUGAUGGUAUUACUACAGUUCAUGGAAGAUUUUAUCUCUUAGCUAGCAGAUUAUAUCGAUUGCAAGGAAAACAUGCCGAAUAUUAUCGCACAGCACUAAGAUAUCUAGGCUGUAUUGAUUUAAGUACUUUAACCAAACAAGAACAAGAGCAGCACGCAUUUUUCUUAGGUCUAGCUGCUCUUCUAGGAGACGGAGUUUAUAAUAUCGGUGAAUUAUUAGCUCAUCCAGUGUUACAAUCACUCAAAGGUACACCAAACUCUUGGCUUGUUGAUCUUCUUCAAGCAUUUAAUGCUGGUGACAUUGUGGCAUUAGAAAAAUUAAAGUCACAAUGGGCUAAAGUAGCCGAUUUAGCAGCACAAGAAUUAAAACUAAGGCAAAAAAUCUCACUUCUUUGUCUUAUGGAAAUGACAUUUAAAAGACAGGCCAAUAAUCGUCAACUUACAUUUGCUGAAAUUUCUCAAGAGACUCGAUUACCAAUCAAUGAAGUUGAAUUAUUAGUUAUGAAAGCACUUGCUCAAGGUCUUGUUCGUGGUGCUAUUGAUCAGGUAGCAGGCACUGUCAAUAUGACUUGGGUUCAACCACGUGUACUAGAUCGUACUCAAAUUGCUAGUAUGGUUCAAAAACUAGAUCAUUGGUGUAAAGACGUAAAUACAAUGGAAAAUCUACUUGAAUCCCGUGCAACAGAAAUCUUAACUCUUUAAUAAAAAUAUAUAAUUUUUAAUAUUAAUAAAUGCAGUUCAUUCAUUGUGAAACUUUUUUUUCUUCAUCGAAUAACUUAAUACUAACAUCUUAAAGUACUCGAGCUUAAAACUCAUUUCAAUACUUAAUUUAAUAUUAACAGAUCAUGAAGCAAAAAUGUUUUAUGGCCAAUUUUGAUGUAUUGAAAAUUUUUCUCAUAAUAAAAUGUUAAAAAAAUAA